ACCUGGACAGCCUAUAGGACUGUAGAUAAUGUUAGAGAACACUCUACUGUUACCAUAGGGACAUGAAUUAGUUGUCAUAGAGACUGGAGCCUGUUUCUAUAUAAAGGACUGACUGUGCUGCUUGGCCAUGAUGAGUUGUGUGGCUCAGGGCUCCUCACUAGCCUCCCCUGUGCAUGCAGCUGCUGUGACAGGGGACAAAGCCACUCUGAUGCGGCUAAUUGGCUCCAACCCCAGUUUACUUGACCAGGAAGACCAGCUAGGAAGGACUCCCCUGAUGUACAGUGUGCUGGGAGAUCGACGGGCAUGCGCAGAGACUCUGCUACGUGCUGGGGCCCAAGUUAACCAUUCAGAUCGAAGUGGGCGCACUGCACUGCACUUGGCAGCCCAGACAGGCAACCACCGUCUACUCAAACUACUCCUCUCCCGAAGAGCUGACUGCACACACCGUGACAUGCGUGAUAUCACUGCACUUCAUCUCUCUACCCGCCAUCAGGAUACUCGUUGCCUUGCCCUGCUGCUAAAGCACACCCCUCCCGGGCAAGUAGAUGCUCAAGAUCAGCGGAAGCAGACAGCACUUCAUUGGAGUGCCUAUUACAACCGACCACGUCAUGUCAAAUUAUUGGUGAGGCAUGAUUCUAAUAUUGGCAUACCUGAUCUGGAGGGCAAAAUACCCUUGCACUGGGCAGCAGGUCAUAAGGAUCCCGAAGCAGUGCUGACUGUCCGGUGUUUGCUGGAGGCUGCCCCCACUGAAUCCCUGCUCAACUGGCAGGACUAUGAAGGCCGCACCCCUCUGCACCUUGCUGUUGGCGAUGGUAACCAAGAUGUGGUUCGUUUACUGACCUCAUACCGAGGUUGCAAUGUGGCACCUUAUGAUAAUCUGUUUCGUACCCCGUUGCACUGGGCUGCACUGUUAGGCCACACUCCCAUUGCUCAUAUUCUUCUUGAAGGAAAUCAUUCUCCCAAUAUCCCAUCUGACAGUCAAGGAGCAACCCCAUUACAUUACGCUGCCCAGGGUAACUGCCCAGAUACUGUGCGGGUGCUUUUGGCUCACCCCUCUGUGAGAGAUGAAGCCGAUUUAGAAGGCCGAACAGCUUUUAUGUGGGCAGCAGGAAAGGGCAGUGAUGAGGCUGUGAGAGCCAUGCUGGAACUAGACUCUGAAUUAGAAUUGAAUAGAACAGAUAAAUAUGGAGGAACAGCUCUGCAUGCUGCCUCACUGUCUGGGCAGAUCAGCACAGUGCGCAUCCUUUUGGAAAAUGGUGCCCAUGUGGAUGCUGCAGAUGUAAUGAAACACACCCCACUGUUCAGAGCCUGCGAAAUGGGUCACAGAGAAGUUAUCCACACCCUGAUUAAGGGGGGUGCAAAGGUGCAUCUUGUGGAUAAAGAUGGACGCUCUCCCCUCCACUGGGCAGCAUUGGGAGGUAAUGCAAAUGUAUGUCAAAUACUAAUAGAAAACAACAUUAACCCCAAUGCCCAGGACUAUGAGGGAAGGACACCACUGCAGUGUGCCGCUUAUGGUGGCUACAUUGGCUGUAUGGAGGUCUUGAUGGAGAAUAAGGCAGAUCCCAAUAUCCAGGAUAAGAAUGGACGUACAGCAUUGCACUGGUCAUGUAAUAAUGGAUAUUUGGAUGCAGUAAAACUCCUUUUACAUUACAAUGCUUUUCCUAAUCAAAUGGAAAAUACUGAAGAACGAUAUACACCCUUGGAUUAUGCAUUGCUCGGUGGACACCAAGAGGUAACACAGUUCAUGCUAGAACAUGGAGCACUCUCAAUCGCAGCCAUUCAGGAUAUCGCAGCUUCCAAAAUCCAGGCCGUAUAUAAGGGCCACAAAGUGCGGACAGCUUUCAGGGACAGAAAGAAUCUGUUAAUGAAACACGAACAGCUGAGGAAGGAUGCUGCUGCUAAAAAGAGGGAGGGUGAGAACAAGAGAAAGACAAGAGUGGACCACGUAGAUGAGAAACAGAAAGAAAAUCUAGAACAUGAAAAGAUGCUUAGUGACGUACAACAGAACAAAAGUCCAGAUGAAAGGAAAACAAAAAGGUCCAGUAAUGAUGACUGUGAAAAAGAGGUCACAAAGAAGGAAAAUGAAAGAGAAAUAGAACUUGAAAUUCAUAUUAGUAAUGAUCAGCCCUUACAGGUAAAACAUACCUCUCCUAGACAAAGAGAUGCAUACAGUGCACCUAUACGUAUCAGCUCUAGGACAUCCUAUACCCAAACUUCUCUAUCUCUUAAUGAAAAGUUGGAGGUACUACCUCUUAAAAACAGUCCAAGACAAAAAUCUCAAAGAAGUUCUAAACAUAAAAAGGAAUCUUCAGAGGUUGUAAUGAACACAAAUGACAAUGCUCGUCACAAAAAGGGUGUUAAACUUAAAAAAGAAGGUACAGAAAUUGCAGUCGAUCCCAGUCUUAAGGAUACAGAGGCUUCAGAAGAUGUGAUCCAUAGAGGCAAAGAGCACAUGCAACCUGUAAUAAAGAGCAACAGAAUAAGCAGAAAAGGAACUUCUGAUAUUGCAAUCCAAAAAGAGUCACACAGUAUUCUAGAAGCUAAAGCUGAGAGUCCACCAAGAAAAGAGAAAGAAGGUUUGAAAAUUGUAACCCACAAAUUACAAGAUGUCCAGAGUUCUCAUAGGAUAAAGUCUAGAGAAUCCUCAGAGAGACACAGGGACAGGAAAAGUAGUUCAGCCAAAGUAGCACCUUAUAGUCCAAAUGAUAAAGAGACAUCUAAUGAAGAAGACAGGACAUUUAAGCCACAUCGGAGUACAUCUGUUUUAAAAUCUUCCCAUUCAAAUCGCAUUAAACCAAUAACAGAUUGCAAAGGUGCAGACUUCUCUACAACUAGUGACUUGGACUUCAGGAGAACACUAACAGUUCCACUACCAAGCGGUUCUGUUAAAGGGCAGAGUCAUACUAAAUGGCAGCAGCUAGACAUUGAGCUGAUUCCGUUAGAGGCAAGGUUGCAACUAGUGGAGAGGGAAAAAUUCAGGAAGCAGUUGUUCCAGCGCAAGAACCAAGCAGCAAUUAUCAUUCAGAGGGCUUGGCGAACUUAUUGUAGGAGACAAUAUCCUGUAUAAGACCAUGUAAUAGAAUAUAUGUACUGGGGUAGCCUUCAUUUUUCUGAAGGAGAUAAGAACUGAGAUCAUUUUAGUUAAAAUUAUAC